AUGGUGUUUUACAAAAAGACAAAAAAGGUUUUAUUAAUGGGAAGAUGUGCGGCUGGCAAAACUUCUAUGCGAUCAAUUAUUUUUCAUAACAAUGUGGCUACCAAAACACGAAAUCUAGAACCUACAAUAUUAUGGGAUAAUAAAACAGAUGUUCAAUUUCUCGGUAAUUUACAGUUAAAUUUAUGGGAUUGUGGAGGACAAGACGAUUCAUUCAAAGAUUACUUGACAACGUAUCGAUCUGUGAUAUUUAAAGACGUGCAUGUCUUGAUUUAUGUCUUUGAUGCCGUCAGUGCCGAAUUGGAUAAAGAUAUCCAUUAUUACCAGUCUUGCUUAGAAUCUAUCUUGACACACUCGCCCAAUGCCAUUGUAUUUUGCUUAAUGCAUAAGAUGGAUCUGAUACAAGAAGACCGACGAGAUAAGAUGUUUGAAAAGCAAAAGCUUGAACUUCAAGUACGAUCUGAACCUAUACAAAUCCAGGCGUUCCAAACAUCGAUAUGGGACGAAACACUUUAUGCUGCGUGGGCAAAGAUUAUUCAUUGCUUAAUUCCAAAUAUCAAUGCAUUGCAAGCUAGUCUGGAUACAUUUUGCAAGAUCUGUGGAGCGGAUGAAAUUGUCUUGUUUGAAAAAACAACGUUUUUAGUGAUUGCUAAUUCAGCCACGAUUCAUCAUCCUGAUGUGCAUCGAUUUGAAAAGAUCAGCAGUAUUAUCAAACAAUUCAAUCUGUGCACACGUAAGGAGAGCUAUUCCAAGCAAAUGGAAAUUAAAGGAAGUAAUUUCACAGCAUUUUUUGAUACGCUGACAAAGAAUACAAGUGUAUUACUCAUCAUAUCAGAUACCGGUAUAACUUCUGCAGCUACACAGGUCAAUAUUGCUGCUGCAAGAAAAUAUUUCGAGAAAUUGGAACAUGUUGAUACACGAUAA